AUGACAUGGUUCUACGGGACGACCGUCAACCAGGGAAAGGGAGACGAAGACCGGAGCUGGGCAAAAGUAGAUCGACUUUUCAACGGUUCAGGUUUUAGGUUCCUCAUCCGUUGCCAUUGUUAUUCCGCUCAAAACUGCCAGGCCAAUCCGCCCGGAGGACCAUCUCAGAUGAUCGGUGGCGGGGAGGAGGUGGCUGUUGUUGUUGUUGUUGUUGUUGUUGUUGAAGAUCAUGAUCAUUGA